CGCGUGAGCGUCCAAAACGAACGCACCCUUAUAUGAAUGAAAAAAAUGGCGCUGUCUUGUGCUAUUUCUAAUGAGGUGCCAGAGCAUCCAGUAGUAUCUCCUGUUUCUGGAUCGAUAUUCGAGAAACGUCUUGUUGAGAAAUAUGUAGCUGAGAAUGGAGUGGAUCCUAUUAAUGGCAAAGAACUUACUAUUGAACAACUCAUUGAUAUCAAAACAACUCCAAUUGUCAAGCCUAAACCACCUAGCGCAACCUCUAUUCCAGCGAUAUUAAAAAUCCUGCAAGAUGAAUGGGAUGCUGUUAUGUUACAUUCGUUUACAUUGCGACAACAACUUCAGACUGCGAGACAAGAACUGUCCCAUGCAUUAUACCAGCAUGAUGCAGCUUGUCGUGUCAUUGCUAGAUUGACAAAGGAAGUUACUGCUGCUAGAGAAGCUCUGGCCACUCUUAAGCCACAGGCUGGAAUUGUUCAGGCUGCUACAAUACCACAACCUGCUGUGGCAGUAGAAGCUGGUGGAACAGCAGCCCAACCAAUGGAACAAGCUGGUAUCACUGAAGAUGUGAUUCAGAAACUGCAAGAUCGGGCGACUGUUCUCACUCAGGAGCGAAAACGACGUGGACGCUCAGUGCCAGAGGAUCUGAUGCCUCAGGAUAGUAUUCGGUCAUUCCAGACCCUCGCGUCUCAUCCUGGACUGCAUUCUGCCAGUGUACCUGGAAUCUUGGCACUUGAUAUUCAUGGUGCGGACACCAGCAAGAUUCUGACAGGUGGCGCCGACAAAAAUGCUACUGUUUUCAACAAGGAUACUGAACAAGUGGUAGCAAUUCUCAAAGGUCACACGAAGAAGGUUACACGAGUUAUUUAUCAUCCAGAAGAAGAUGUAGUAAUGACCGCGUCACCCGAUACUACGAUUCGUGUAUGGAACGUUGGUACUAGUCAGACGACCUUAUUACUGAAGGCUCACGAUGCUCCAGUAACUGGAUUAUCUUUACAUCCGACCGGCGAUUAUCUAUUAAGCUCAUCUCUAGAUCAGCAUUGGGCUUUUUCGGAUAUACGCACUGGCAGAUUAUUGACUAAAGUGACAGGACAAACGGGGCAACCGUUAACCACGGCACAGUUUCAUCCUGACGGUCUGAUUUUUGGUACUGGCACGGCAGAUUCUCAAGUGAAAAUUUGGGACUUGAAAGAGCAAUCUAACGUUGCAAAUUUCCCGGGUCACACCGGCCCGAUCACAGCGAUUAGUUUCUCUGAGAAUGGUUAUUAUUUGGCGACCGCCGCGGAGGACUCGUGCGUUAAACUCUGGGAUUUGCGCAAGCUAAAGAACUUUAAGACGCUGCAGUUGGAGGAAUCUUAUGAGGUGAAAGAUAUUUGCUUCGAUCAAAGUGGGACUUAUCUGGCUGUAGCAGGAACGGACGUAAGGGUAUAUCUUUGUAAACAAUGGCAGGAAUUGAAAAUUUUAAACGAUCACACUGCAGCAGCUACUGGUGUUCGUUUUGGAAAACAUGCGCAAUACAUUGCAUCCACUAGCAUGGACAGGACUUUGAAGCUUUAUGGAUUGUCAUAAAUAGACAACUAGAAAUAUAUGUUUUACAUAUUAUUUAAUACCACAUUGUAUUAUUCUAAAUGUCUAUCUAAUGGAACCGAUUAAUCUUGAUUUAAUGAAUCGACUUGUUGAAUUUUUUUUAUAUACAAUAUACAGUAAAGUUUCCUUAAAUUUGGCCAUGUUAAUUUUAGUAUUCCUCCACACACGCUUUCACAAACGUUAUUACAAAUGUCCUUUUUCAUGUCAUAAUAGUUCGCUGGAUGAUUGUGUAUGUAUUAAUUUUUUAUUUCAUUUGAUUGCUCACAAUGCAAGUACAUAAGAAUUAAUGAAACUCUGCUGUAUACUGGUAAAGUUGGUAAGGAAAAUGUAUAAUAUGAGAUCUAUUUUGAAAUCCAUAUAUACAGUAAAUUUUGCCAAUUAUAAA